AUGUCUGUAAUUUGGGUGGCGGAGUUGUUGAAGCCAUUGAUAGCAAACGUGAUGGAUAACAUAAAAGAGCAUCCUAGGCUACCCAUAGACCUGAAUGAAAGUGGUGAACUAGAAGAAGGAGAUACACCUAGAGAAGGGUUGUGCUUUGGAAGGGUUCGAGCUUUUUUUUUUAUAAAAAGCAGUGACUUGCUGAAAGAGUUUAAGGAUGUUGGAGUUUGUAGAAGUGGCGUAGGAGAAAAAGAGGCGAUGGCAGAUAUGAUGAAACGUAUCAACUUGAAAUGUAAGAGGGGGGUUGGGGCAAAAACUGAAGGUUGUAAUGUCCCUGGUUGCAAAAUGUAUGUGUAUGGGAUUUUGAGGGGUGGAAAAUUUGAGAUUAUCAAGUGUGACCUGAAGCAUAACAAUGAACUCAAUCCUUCUUGUAGUUAUUUAAUGGUUAAUUAUAGAAGUAUUGAUCAAGGAACGUUUGAGAGAGAGAUCAUCAAUGAUAAUGCGGGAAUUAGUAUAAAUAGGAACUUUAGUGCACUAGUUCUUGAGCGUGGUGGAUUCGAUAAUAUGACCUUCAACAAUCGAGACUUGAGGAAUGCAAUUAAUUUAGAUCAAGGUAUGUCAAGGUGUUUGGGAGAUGCAAAGGAACUACAAGAUUACUUGAAGAAGCAACAUGAACUGAAUAAUGACUAUUAUAGGUGUCUUCAAGUUGAUGACGGUGGGACGUUGUUGAAUGCAUUUUGGUCUGAUGCCCGAAGCAGAGAUUCCUAUAAAUAUUUUGGAGAUGUAAUAACAUUCGACACAACCUUCUCUGUGAACAGGUUCCGUAUGCCCUUUGCACCCUUUAUCGGGAUUUUUACAGAUCAGUGUAGGGCAAUUGGUAAAGCAGUGGAGCUUGUGUUCAUCGGUGUCCCGCACAGAUUUUUUCUAUGGCAUCUCCUCCAGAAUGCGUCGAAGAACUUGGGAAGCAAUGCUAAUUGGAAAGAUAUUGAUUGUUUAAUACGUACAGCUGUCCAUGAUAUGAUGGAUCAGGAAAAAUUUGAUGAAGCUUGGUGUAUAAUAAUGGACAAAUAUGGUCUAAGGGAAGCAGAGAGUGAAGGUAUGAAUAGGUUUUUUAAAACUCAAGUUAAUUUACGAUGUGGCUUGGUUACAUUUGUGAAACGGUACGAGCAUGCAUUGAAGAAUAAAGCCGCGCAUGAAGCAGAUAAUAAUUUAAAAACAAGGGAAAAACCUCUAAAGUUUAACAAGACAAUACUAGCGGAGUAUGUUUUUCAAAAAUUGUACACAAAUGCUAUGUUUGCGGAGGUGAAGAAAGAGUGUGAAAGUUUUCUUCACACAAAUGUUACGAAGAACUACGCAUUGGGGUCAACAGUAUUCUACAUAGCUGUUGAAAGGUUUCCCACUGUAAUUUGGCGGAAAAGAUUCAAGACCUAUGACGUGAUAUGUGAUAAGCGUAAGGGUGAAUUUUGUUGCUCGUGCAAAUUGUUUGAGUUUAGAGGUAUAUUAUGUAGACACAUAAUCCGUGCCAUGUCGACUGAAGAUAUGGAAUUUAUCCCAGAAAAGUACAUCCUAGAACGCUGGAAGAAAGACGUGAGGUCGUAUGAGAACAUAAAGGUGUCCUACUAUGAUCCAGAAGAAUCCGCAAUGGCGAUGAAGGCAAAAGAUCUAGCUCAAAGGCACAACUAUUUGAGUACUCUAGCUAUGCACAAUGACGUUACGUUUGCAUUGUACAAUGAAGCCACGGAUAAAAUUCGGCUGACUCUGGAGGAUGUAGCUGGAACACGAAAGACUGGGGAGCGUGGGGAUGAAUUACAACCGUGGUAG